AUGGGAGUCGGCGGCAAGGACUCGAGGGUCGAGCUGCAGGUGCAUGACUUCUUUACGCCGCAGCCGGUCAAGGGUGCGCGUGCCUACUUCACGCGCUCCGUGCUGCACGACUGGCCGGACGAGCAGAGCUGCAGCCGGGAAGAGAAGUCGCAAGAUCAAGUCGCAUCCGUCUUCCGUGUCUCGCAAUUCAUGGAGGACGUAGAAAAGAACUAUGCCAUCAUCCAAGCUGCCAAUAACGGGUAUGUUUGUAAAAGAGGCAUCGGCAUAUACAAGGACAAAAUCCAGAAUUUUAAAGUCAUUGUGGAUGCAUAUGCGAGCGAUAUGCUCUCCGAUGGUUUCGAUUAUCCCCAUUGUGUUUGCGGGCAGGGCAUAGUGUUCCGGAUGAGCGGGUGCGACGUUAGUUAG